GUGCAUCAAUGAGCCUGUUGAUCAGAAAAAAGACCACUGGACUGGUAAUGACACAGUCCAGCGAUCAGGCCAGAGGAAAUAAAACUCAGCUUUCACCUCCGUCUCCUUAUUUAAGCCACAACGUUUGCACUGAUCUUCAGUCUACCUCAAGAUAUUGUCUGCUCCACCGGCUGUGGGACGAUGAUCUGGACUGCUGUUCUUCUCACGAUGCUGCUUUCAUUUGUGGAUUCUGACGACUACUGCUACAAUGAGCCACAUUGUGAUCCUUACGCAUGGGGAGACAUGUUCCUGUCAUGUCACCCUUUACUUGAAGAGCACCACUCUCCCAUUAAUCUGGGCCACCAGACCACCAGGAAUGUCUCUCUGGGGCCUUUACACCUGGAGGGCUUCGAUGUGACCCAGUCGGGCCACUGGACGCUGAAAAAUGACGGACACUCAGUCGUGCUGCAGGUCGGCAGUGGGAUGUCCGUGAGUGGUGGAGGUCUUGCAGAUGUGUACCACACCAUCCAGCUGCACUUCCACUGGGGGGGCCCGUCCACGAACGGCUCAGAGCACACGGUGGACAGACGCAGAUUCCCGAUGGAGAUGCACAUAGUCAGCAUGAAGUCCAUCCAUCCCAAUCUCACAGCGGCCCUGGAGGAUCCCACGGGACUCGCUGUUCUUGGAUUCUUCAUUGACGUUGUUUACGCAGAGAAUGUGCACUUUGGACCCAUUUCACAGAAACUGUCCUCUGUAGCUUACAAAGGCCAGACGACCAAAAUCAAGCCAUUCCCGCUGAUGAGCCUCCUGCCGAAGCACAACAUGAGUCAGUAUUACCGCUACGACGGCAGCCUCACCACCCCCCCCUGUUCUCAAGUGGUCGUAUGGACUCUGUAUGAAGUCCCCAUCUUCAUCUCGUGGUCUCAACUGGCUCAGUUCACCUCGCAGAUCUUCUCCACGGAGGAGGAUGCAGAGCAGGUGACACCUCUGCAGAACAACUUCAGACACGUGCACCCCACCUUCAGUCGCACCAUCUCCGCAUCCAGAGACGCCAGGCUCCUCGUGGGGGCGGCCGGUCGUCCCCUCAGGUCGGCUGCCUUGGUGCAGCUGCUUCAAAUGCUUUUGCUGGGGAGUUUCAUCUCUGCUCUUUAGCGCUGCCUCAAGUUCAAAUCAUGAAAACGUGACGAAAAUGGAUUCACGUAGAACCUGAGGUGGAGUUUACAGAUCUGUAGAGACUGUCCAGCAAUGAAUACAUAUAUAAAACUGAGGAAUAGUACUGUUGUUACUUAACUUUUCAUGAUUGUACCCUGCAGUCUCCAUUAAUGCAUCACUAACUCUUUAAUGUGAAAGGAGCCUUGGUGCUAUUGAUAUGUGUAUUUAUGACUGGGGGUCUUUAUUUUCACUGUUCAGUAGCUUAUUCUUAAAAUCCUGACAUUUAGUUUUCAUUACUUUCUUUCAUUACUGACUUCGGGCCUGAGAUUGAUUGUAGUUGUAAAAUUAAAGCGUUUCUAAUAGUCUUUUACAUUUUGAUAAAACUUUCACAUAUAGCUAAAGGUGGCAUGCUAACGUGUUUAUUUCAUAGACUAGAUAUGAAGAUGGAUGAAGCGUCUCCACUCUCCAGAAAUGAAGCCCCUAACGCUGCCAUCUUGCUCCAAUGACGCGAUCAGCGAGUUCCCUCCGAUACUCGACCAAUCACGAGUCAGUCUCAGCUGUCACUGAUCACAUUUCACCUGGUUUCAUAUCCUUUGAUUUGGUGCCUUUAAUACAAAUUUCAGAGUUUUAUUUGAAAAGUC